GUGGCGCCACGUGGCGCGCAUACUAUCGACGUCAGAAAAGCCGGGCAUUUCGCGCCUGUGCACCUUCUAGAUUGCAGUUGAGCAUCAAGGGGCUGGAGGAGGUAGUUUUGCUACUUAACUGACAUUUUUUAGGGAAUGGCAACGAUCACCGGGAACUGGCUGGUUAAGUUUGGCUCCAAGAUUAUCGCAGUUGGCCGCAACUAUGCAGCCCAUGCAAAGGAGCUUGGAAACGAGGUGCCCAAGGAACCUGUGCUGUUUCUGAAACCAACAUCCUCUUACGUACGGAAGGGCGGUGUUAUUGAGGUGCCUCCUGGAGUGGACUCCUUAGACCAUGAGGUGGAACUUGGCGUCGUCAUCAGCAAGAAGGGCCGGGAUAUUCCCACAGAAGUGGCCAUGGACCACGUAGCCGGUUAUGCUGUGGCCUUAGACAUGACAGCGAGGUCAAUUCAGAAUGAGGCAAAGGCGAAGGGCCUUCCGUGGACCGUUGCCAAGGGAUACGAUACGUUCACUCCAAUCAGCGAUUUCCUUCCCAAAAAGAAAGUUCCAUCACCAAACGAUCUUGAACUCUGGUGUAAGGUUGAUGAUACGCUGAAGCAGAAAGGAAACACGAAGGAUAUGAUCUUCGACAUACCAUUCUUGAUAAACUACAUCAGCAAAAUCAUGACAUUAGAAGAAGGAGACAUCAUUCUUACGGGGACACCGCCAGGAGUUGGACCCGUCAAGCCUGGACAGCAUAUCACUGCGGGGAUCACUGGGUAUUUGGAAAUGGGCUUCCCUGUCUGUAGCCGGCAGCAGCCGCAUGGGUAAUCGACACAAAGGAGACCGAAGAAGGAAAAAAAAAAAGAGAAAAAGGAUGCUGAUCAGAUUCAGUGGGUCAGUGGGCUGUGAAGAGCUGCUGGUAUGGGAACGACACAUGCAUUCGGCAUUGCUGCUCUGCACAUCAUCGUACGACAGAGAUUUGUUAUUCGGAUUGCCAACAUGCGGUGACAGUCCGUCCACCUCUUCGACAGAUCUUUGCUGGGACUAAAAUUGAAUCUGAGCCGCUCUUUCCUGACGCGGAUUUCUGAUGUGGAUUUUUCAGCGGCGGGGAGGUAAACAGAAUUGGCGCUGCAGUUGCCAUGAAUGAGAUCUGUUCCCAUUGCGAACAUGACCCCCUCUACUGCUAUGGAUUCAGAGGGCUUCCACAACAGGCCACCUCGGCAGAAGAUUUCUAAGCGCUUUGCUGGGACUAAACUACCAUGACUUCCUUUCGCAGAGGGCCUCCCUUUUCCUGACGCAGAGUUCACGCAGGUAAGCAACGAAUUGCCGUGGGCGCCGGGCAUGUUUUUUUGCUCGUUUGUUUUUUCCCCACCUGCAGCGGGCAACCAUUUAAGUCCGGCGGUAGGUGGAGUCCUGAAGCUCGCGGCGCGUUUUUGGCCAUGUCGGAACAAAAUAGGGGGAAAGCAGUAAGGAGUAAGUUACUGGUGGUUUAAAAAUUAAAAGUUGAAAGUUAAAAGUUAAAGAACAUGUUUGGGAAGAUUGAAUCGGGUGUUUUCGUACAUGUGCGCACGACGACCAACACUUUCUUGGUGUGAGGAAGAGCACACUUUGGUGCUUGGAAUUCUUUGCUCACAUUUGCUCAUUUGCAUCAAGAACAAGCGUGCACGAAGACACGUGCACGCAGAGUAUUGGGGCGUUUUGCCAGUUUGUACGAUUAUGCGGAAGGAUCAAAUCAUGUGUGUGCAGUGGUGAACUGGCAUUUGGGUGCUUGCACUGCAAACACACAUUUGCGCUGAGCAGUUGGUGUGUUCGUGGUGCCACGAACUUCGCACUUAAUUCCCUGCUCAGACACAUAUUCGCUACAAAUAUGACCACCACCACCCCCCCGCCCAUUUGUGUAUGCGUUGUCAUCCCACGUGUGCACUCUCACUAGGCCGGCAAAGGGCUUUCGACACUGUCCACCAACACACAGACAGGAAACAAGUGCUUUCAGCAAAGUGCAAACACGUGCGUCAAAUGACGGGGGCAUUUGAUGGUGUUGCAGCUUUUUUUACGAUUAUUGAUAAAAAAAAGGAAAAAGAAAACAGACUUUAUUGUGAUAUGAGUCAGCUGACUCAUAUGAGGCCAACAUCUCCUGUCUGUGCUGUUUGCUUUGGGGCUGAGUCUGCCAGCACCUCGAUGUGAAGACCGGGUUGCUAUCCCACACGUCUACUCUCACCUGGUAGGCAAAGGACUUCGCCGCAGUGGGCCGCCGCACGGGCAGGGAUUGGUGGAGUUCACAAGACGUCUUUGUGGGAUGAACUUCGCCGCAGUGGCCGCCGCAUUUGGUAGGGUCAUUGCGACGAAGUUGGCAACACAGUUAUUGCGGUAGGAGUGCACACACACCAUCUCUUCUCUUGUCUGUGGUGUUUGCUGGGCAAGUGAUGCAGCCAGCAGAGCUUGCACAGAGAAUUUGAAGUUGGGUACCGCUCUUUGUCGCAGAGGAUGGACAGCACAAGGACUCUUAAUGGCAUCUGAUGCUGUCAUAAUUGUAAGGACUCAGGAGUUUGGUGAAGAGGAUGAGCUUUUCUUUUCUUUUUCUUUGUCUUUGGAUGGCUACAGCAAAGUUAUGGGUGGUGUUAAUUGUAAACAACUU